CAGGAAAUCCGUGCCCUUCUUUACUCCCUGCUCCCCUGUUUCAACCUCUCUUUUUUCAUACAUAACGUCUAUCUCUUUCUCUCAGACAGGAGCAUAUACGAUUCAGGAAUGGUUUUUCUUACCAUGGCUCCUCCCAUGCAAGAAGCUGUGUUGUCAACUCCCUUAUUAUCAUCUGCUACAGCAAGUAGUAGCAGCAUUAGCAGCACGAGCAGUGAAGCUGAUGAUAGCCCACCCGCAUCACAUCGUUUUGAGCUUCUAGAUGUCACCAAAUAUGAAUUUCCAUCCAAAACGUUGUCUGGGUUUCAAACAUACAAAUCAUUGGCAGUGCUGUCCGGGCAUGUUGGUUCAGUUUCUUGCUUGGCCUUAUGCGGGGAAUUCAUCUUAAGUGCAUCACAAGGCAAAGACAUUAUAGUGUGGCAACAGCCUGACUUGAGGCAGUUCACAAAGUUCGGCCAAGGUGAUGGCUCGGUGAAAGGGCUAGUGACUGUUAGCAAUAAGGUUUUCACGGCACAUCAAGAUAGCAGGAUCCGAGUUUGGAAGGUGUCAAGAAGCUCAGAGAAUGUGUUUAAGCUUGUGGACACACUUCCUACUACAAAGGACUAUUUGGGGAAGUUCAUGAAGCAAAGCAAUUAUGUCCAUACUAGACGGCAUCAUAAGCGUUUAUGGAUUGAACACGCGGAUGGUAUAUCUUGUCUGGCAGUCUAUGAUGGACUGAUUUAUUCAGGUUCAUGGGAUAAGACCCUUAAGGUGUGGAGGAUAUCUGAUUUGAAGUGCUUGGAAUCAAUUAAGGCGCAUGAUGAUGCUAUCAAUAGCUUAAUAGCUUGUAAGCGAAUAGUGUACUCAGCAUCUGCAGAUGGGAAGAUUAAGGCUUGGAGUUCUGGAAAAGAAGGGAAGACCUCUCAUUCGUUGAAGGGGAUCUUGGAGGGUCAUAAGGAUAUUUCAUUGAAUUCAGUUAUUGUUUCUGAGGAUGGAAAGUGGGUUUAUGGAGGGGGUUCAGACGGGUUUGUUAUGGGGUGGGAAGGGCAAGGGAAUGGUGAUUUUGUCAGUUGGAAAUUGGUGAGCGAGACAAAAGCACACCAUAUGGCUGUUCUGUGCAUGUGCCUGAUGGGAGAGUUUUUGUGCAGUGGCUCAGCUGAUAAAAGCAUUGGUAUUUGGAAGCGAGAGGCUUAUGGUAAACUUUGCAAAGUUGGGGUCAUAAAUGGUCAUGAAGGGCCAGUCAAGUGUUUGCAGGCGGCUCCCUGUAAUGUUGGUAGUGGUUUCUUGCUCUACAGUGGAGGCCUUGACAAAUCUAUAAGGGUGUGGUGGGUGCCCAAGAACUCUGCCAAACAGGAGGAUCAACAAUGAAUCAAUGUUUUGUGAGUAGUGAAGCACUGCUUCCCCUUUUUUUUUUGUUUGUAGUGCUUCUGCAUACAUUUGCUUUUGUUAUGAUUCAAGCUGUGAACAUAGGAGAUCUUGAAGUUGGUUUUUGGGGUUUCAGGUCUUAAUGUGCAGUUAACUUUGGAUAAAAUUCUUGGGAGUGGUGUGAUCCAUUUUUCUUUUUAUUUUGGGUUCUUUUUCCUGAGUUUUCACACAGUUUUCUGGAUUCUUGUCAAUUGUAAUUGGUGGUUUGAGGGAAUAUUCAAGCAAUACAAUCAUUUACAUUUCUU